AACACGCCAAGCACACACUGGCAGCGAGCGCUUUGGCUCAGCUUUAAGCUUCAAGGUCGGAUGCAACCCAACACUAGUGCUGCAUGGCAAAACAGUAUCCCUCGGUUUGAAACGUUUCUGGUUAUUUCUGCUGUUCUUCGUAUUGUGCUCAUACUGUACAGCGAAUGGCACGAUGCGCAUUCGAUUGUGAAGUACACCGACAUUGAUUACCGUGUAUUCAGCGACGCUGCUAGAUUUAUCAUACAUCCCAAACUUCAGGAUAAUAUUGCAAAGGGGCCACUCGCACCUCUAUUUUUCACUGUCGGAGAUCCGUACACUCGGCAGACUUAUCGCUAUACUCCACUGCUGGCCAUCCUUCUCCUUCCGAAUGAGUGGCUACACCCGUCAUUCGGAAAGUACUUGUUUGCCGCAUGCGAUCUAAUAAACGGCGCCCUCAUUUAUCAAAUUUUGAUGUCGCACAUCCUUCCCCAUGUCAAAUCUUUGGCACCAGAUGUCUCCGCAAAGAACUCCGAACACUUUAUGCGUGCACAUGCAUCUCUCCUAGCGGCAACCCACCUCUUGAACCCUCUUGUAUUUACCAUCUCAACGCGUGGUUCUUCUGAAGCGAUUCUCUGCACUUUUGUCCUCUUGACAUUAUUCUACGCACUCGAACGUCGACAUAACGCUGCCGCCGUGAUGCUGGGACUCAGUGCUCACUGGAAAAUCUACCCGAUCAUAUAUGGGGUUAGCUGUGUCUCCGCGAUCACCUCGCAGCGCGUCAAUGCGCAAGGGUGGAAUUUUGCGUAUCUACUGCGCAAUCUGGUUGGCAAACAGGCACUUUGUUUCGUCCUUCUUAGCGCUGGGACAUUUAUUAUUCUAGGAGCUAUAUGCUACGCUAUGUGGGGAUACCCUUUCCUCUACGAGGCAUAUCUAUAUCACACAGACCGGCGUGAUCAUCGGCAUAACUUUUCCCCUUACUUCUACCUCAUCUACCUGACAUAUUCUAGUUUCGGAGGUACCUCAGCCGACUUAUCAAUCUGGCGUCAACUACUUCGCUCGCCAUUUACAAGUCUUAUACCCCAAUUGACGUUGUCCCUUGGGACCGGCCUCGUCUUUGGCCAACUCUCAGUCGGCCUUCCGUUCGUGUGGUUUGUACAGACGUUCACAUUUGUACUCUUCAACCGUGUGUGCACGUCCCAAUACUUCAUUUGGUAUACCCUCUUUAUACCCCUACUUGUGCCUUGCAUCAACAUUUCAUGGAAAAAGUGGGUGAUGUGUGGAGCAGUCUGGAUGGGUACGCAAGCACUGUGGCUUGCAGAGGCAUACAAGUUGGAGUUCCUCGGUGAUGAUGUGUUCUUGGGCUUUGGGUCAGAAGUUUGGUUUAUGUCGCUGGUCAUGCAUGGGUACUUGGGGUCAUCAUGAGUGGAUAUAUACCCUAUUUGCCAUACAACCAGCACAGUUAGACACCUGGGUAGCGCUUAUACAGACAUAUACGACGCUAUCUUGUAAACUCGUUAAUUUACCAAGUACUGAUGCCACUCGGAAAGUGAUGUGCUAAUGUGAUAUGCUACUUUACUCAUCCUUUACAUCUAUGUAGUUUGAUGUGUGCCUCUCCGAUAGUCCUAAUCGAAGAAGCCCAGGGG